GGAAAAUGGAUUUGUGGUACUUUGUUCUGUUUUCAGUAACUAGUGUUCAAUUAUCCUCAGCCUCAGACCAGUUAUCUAGUAAGGGCUAUUAUCUCGACAAGGGAACUCACCCUUACGUUGUCCUAAUCAUCGAUGUGACAAUAAAAGAUCCUAUUGCACGAUUUAUAGCUUCAGGAACUGUCCUAAACGAAAGAUGGGUUUUAUCAUUAGCCAGACCCUUGAAAUCAAAAAAUGCAACAGAUUUGGCGAUAAUGGGAGGAAAGGAGGUGUACACUGACCCAAGACGAGAUAAAAACAAGAUUUCAAUACAAGAAUCCGUCGUACAAUCCGGUCCUAAAAGACCCGAAUAUGCAAUGAUUUUACUGCAAACUGCAGAAGAAAUCGUCUUUAGUGAAUCCAUCCAACCCGUAAUUGGCAAUUUAAAUCCACAAUAUUGUAAAUGUGUUUAUUUACACUGUGAAUUGGUUGCUUGGUAUUUAGCCGCCGACACAUGGGUCAAAUCACGAAUAUUUGUUGUUCCUGAAACAAACUCAACUAAUUGCACAAUCACCAGUGAUGUUGAAUUUUGCGUUGACCCUUUGCUUGAAAGUGAAGUUGAGAUAAAUCCGUGUGCUGCUAAGGUCAAUCUGGGAAUUCCCCUAAUGUGUGAUGUUUCUAUAGAAGGGGUGUUUCUGGGUAUGGGGCCCAAUGGGUGCGAUAAUCCCGCAGCUGAUGCUAAUAAUAAGGUGUAUCUUUUUGAAAAAGAUUCGGUUGAUAAAUUCUUGUAUGGGACGCAGAAGCUCAAAAGAAGCGAAUGAUAG